UGGUCAGUAGUGUUUGUUGUCGAUGCGCAUGCGGUCGAUGCGUCAGAGGCGUCUGCCACUGCCAUUUUCCUUCCGCUGAGUUUUAGUUUGACGAAUUCAAGAUUGUGUACUCAAAGCAGAAAAAUCGGAGAAACAUGACGUGGGGCUUCGUAACUUGCGGACCCAACGAGGCCCUCGUAGUGUCCGGAUGUUGUUAUGGCAAACCAUUAUUGGUGCCAGGAGGCAGAGCCUUUGUAUGGCCAUCCAUUCAAUGUGUUCAACGAAUAUCCUUGAACACAAUGACACUGCAAGUGGAAAGCCCAACUGUGUACACAAGUCAAGGAGUGCCGAUAUCAGUUACAGGCAUAGCACAGGUGAAAAUACAAGGCCAAAAUGAAGAGAUGCUUCUGGCUGCUUGUGAACAGUUCCUUGACAAAACUGAAGCUGAAAUUCAACAUAUUGCCCUCGUCACAUUGGAAGGACAUCAGCGUGCCAUCAUGGGCAGUAUGACAGUUGAGGAAAUAUACAAGGACCGAAAGAAAUUCAGCAAGCAAGUAUUUGAAGUGGCAUCGUCUGAUUUAGUGAAUAUGGGUAUCACAGUUGUCUCAUACACUCUGAAGGAUAUUCGAGAUGAAGAGGGUUACCUCAAGAGUUUGGGAAUGGCUCGCACAGCAGAGGUGAAGCGAGACGCACGGAUUGGUGAAGCAGAGGCUCGCCGUGAUGCACAGAUAAAAGAAGCUAUUGCAGAAGAAGAACGAAUGGCAUCCAGGUUUUUGAAUGAUACAGAAAUUGCUAAAGCUCAAAGGGACUUUGAGUUGAAAAAAGCUGCUUAUGAUGUGGAAGUUCAAACCAAAAAAGCGGAAGCAGAAAUGGCCUAUGAACUUCAAGCAGCUAAGACUAAGCAACGAAUUAAGGAAGAACAGAUGCAAAUUCAAGUUGUUGAACGUACUCAAGAAAUUUUGGUGCAAGAUCAGGAAAUUCAACGCAGACAAAGAGAACUAGAUGCUACUGUGCGACGUCCUGCUGAAGCUGAAAAAUACAAGCUUGAAAAACUGGCAGAAGCCAACAAACAGCGUGUCAUUCUUGAAGCAGAAGCAGAAGCUGAGGCUGUGCGAAUGCGUGGGGAAGCUGAAGCUUUUGCGAUUGAAGCAAAGGCGAAGGCAGAGGCUGAACAAAUGUCCAAAAAAGCUGAUGCCUGGAAAGAAUACAGGGAGGCUGCUAUGGUGGAUAUGUUGUUGGACGCCCUGCCCAAAGUUGCAGCUGAGGUCGCAGCUCCUUUAUCGCAGGCGAAGAAGAUUACCAUGGUGUCCAGUGGUACUGGGGAGGUUGGUGCUGCCAAGCUGACAGGCGAAGUUUUGUCCAUUGUCGCCACCGUGCCGGAACUGGUUCGAAAGAUGACCGGCGUAGACAUCGCCAAGUCUGUGAAUGCUGCUUAAAAAAUCAAGAUGCUGAGUGAUCCCGUAUUGAAGUUGGAUCUGGACAAAGAAGAUGCAAAAGACGUUUUAAUUAUACAAACAAAGCAACAUCUAUGCUGCUGCCACACAAGAACAAAAUUCUCAUAUGCUCUCAUAAAAUUAUAGGAAUAUGUUCAGCAUGUUUUGAAACUUCCUGUGUGCAGAAUACACACAAGAUAAAUGCUGCAUGAACUGUCUUUUUUUCCCUUCUGGCACUUCAUGAAGAGAGAAGGCAGCUCUCCCCUUCGAAGUCGCUAGUAGCUCUGGGGCCAUACAUAAGUAGUCUAAGAAAGGUUAAGGACUGGAGAGAAGAGAUGUCAAAUUGGUAAAAAUGUGCCAUGUUAAGAUUUUUCUAAGGAGACUUCUCUUCAUAAGGCUCCUGGAGCCAUUGGGCCUUGAGCCACGCUUUCAUCACCACUGUGUCUUUUUGAAGUUGUGUGAGUGUGUUUUAAGUCAUUUAUCUUGCCUUUAUUUUACUCACAAUUUUGAUUGAUUCUUUAAACACAUUCACUUUAAAAUAUUUUGAAACAUUAUGGGCGGACCCUAUGCAGUGUAGGCAGUGCAAGGGCUUCUUUGGUGUCAUUACAUUGAUAUUAUUAAAUAUUUGAGCUUACUAUUUGCAUUGAAAUUCAAAGGAUUCAAGACUGAUGUGUUAACCCACAUUUUUGAAGUUCCUGAUAAUUUUUCCUCUCCCCAAAGUAGCCUUGUUUUUGUACUUGUUUACAUUUUUCUUGCUAAGCACUUGUAUUAAAACUCUUAACUUUCAUUAUGUUGUAGUAUUCUGUGUGAAAAGAAUCUUUCCAUUUAUAUUCAUGUUACUUAUAUGUGAGAUACCAUAUAGCAUAUUUUGCUCUUUGUGAUGUGUUGUCAAUGUUACCUAUCCACCUUAUGUGGUUUCUAAGAACCUAAGAAUCAGAGUCCUCAGAAAUACUUUCUUGGCUACUACCAAUGGGAAGAGAAAUGACCCCCCGCCUCUAUCUCGUAAGUCAGUAUGAAGAAUCACUCGGGCACGGUUCAUCACCGGGUCAUUUCUCGUUCCACUGAUAAUGCUUUCUCAUAUGGUUCACUUUCAUUUCAAUAAUUAUUGUAUUUUUAUUGUUAUUUUAUAUUAUAAUAAAGUUUUCAUGAAACUA